UCUUUGUUGUGAUCGGCGUCCAUCAGCUGUGCAACUCACGCUCUCAUGCUUUGCUUGAUUUUCGAUUUCUUUUAUUGAUUCUGUGCUUUGAUGUGUUUCCUGAACCGAAAGUUGAAAAAGUGAUAUUAUCGGAAGCUUUGUACUGCAACGUUUCAAAGUAUAAUAUUUUACGUUUAUUGGUAGCCAACCAUGUUUUCCCGCACACUGGUGAGAAAGUUCCACCAGUCAAUCCUUCAGUACAAAACACAGGCACCAAAAGGACCACCAUCAACGGGUUCGGAGAAAGUCAAAGAUCUGUUAGAUAAUGCCGCAACGUUCGACGAUAUUCGACCCCAAAGUGAACAGGACUCUUGGGCCACUCUACCGUACGUGGACGGAACAUUCUUCGGACGCAGUCAGGAGCUAAAAUCAAGUAGACCCAAAAUUGAUCCCCGCGAGACGUCCAUCAUUUUGUUUCCCGGACAAGGUGCCCAGUAUGUUGGUAUGGCAUCCAAGUUGCUGAAAUUCCCUGGCGCACGGGACAUCUUUGCUUUGGCCAACGAGGUGCUCAAAUAUGAUCUACUCAAGCUUUGUGUGGAAGGUCCCAAGGACAAACUGGAUCAAACCAUCUAUUGCCAACCGGCGGUAAUGGUGUCCUCCCUGGCAGCGCUCGAGCAGCUCAAAGAGGAACGCCCGAAUGCCAUUUCGAACUGUUUUGCUACGGCUGGGUUUAGCCUAGGGGAGAUUACCGCUUUGGUUUUUGCCGGGGCCAUUCCAUUUGAUAAGGCCGUCAAGCUGGUCCAGAUACGAGCCGAAGCAAUGCAGUGGGCAAGUCAGCAGAGCAAAAGUGGAAUGGCAACUGUGCUCUUCUCGCCGGAUGCACGGAUGGGGGAAGCUUGUAAGGACGCUGUGAAUUGGUGCAUCCAACGGGGAGUAGAAAAUCCGGAGUGCCGGAUAGCAAACUUUUUGUAUCCUAGUUGUAAGGUUAUCGCUGGAAAUGAAGAUGCACUCAAAUAUCUCGAAGCAAAUAUGAAGAAGUAUGGGCUAAAACGAAUGAAGCGAUUGCCUGUGAGUGGGGCAUUCCAUACCGAACUUAUGGCAUCUGCAGUGGAACCAUUCGCGCAGGCAUUGAAAAAGAUAACCAUCGAAGAUCCCAUCAUCAGCGUGCACUCCAACGUCGAUGGAAAGCGAUACCGUAAUGCGGGGCACAUUCUGAAUCAACUACCGAAGCAGAUAGUGAAACCAGUCAAGUGGGAGCAAACCCUCCAUAAUUUAUACGAACGAAAAGUUGGUGAAUUCUUUCCACGUACAUUCGAAUGUGGGCCGGGAAAGGGCUUGAAAGCUAUUCUCAAGCAAGUGAAUGCCAAAGCUUGGGACUCGUCUUUUAAUAUAGAAGCGUGAUAAUAGGACA